CCUGCAGGCUCAUGUAUUUUUAACUCCUCUCUCCUAGGACUGUGUGCAGUUAAAUCAAUAUACGCUGAAAGACGAAAUCGGAAAGGGCUCCUACGGGGUCGUGAAGCUGGCCUACAAUGAAGAUGAUAACACCUACUAUGCAAUGAAAGUGCUUUCCAAAAAGAAGCUGAUGAGACAAGCGGGGUUUCCUCGCCGUCCUCCCCCUCGCGGUGCCAAGGCCCCCCUGGAAGGCUUCUGCCAACCCAAAGGCCCCAUUGAACAGGUGUAUCAGGAGAUCGCCAUCUUGAAAAAACUCGACCACCCGAAUGUAGUCAAGCUGGUGGAGGUGCUAGACGACCCCAGCGAAGAUCAUCUGUACAUGGUAUUUGAACUUGUGAAAAAAGGGCCCGUGAUGGAAGUCCCAACCUUGAAACCUCUUACGGAAGACCAGGGACGCUUCUACUUCCAAGACUUGAUCAAAGGCAUUGAAUACUUGCAUUACCAAAAGAUAAUCCACCGGGAUAUCAAGCCUUCCAACCUCUUAGUUGGGGAAGACGGUCACGUCAAGAUUGCCGAUUUUGGUGUGAGCAACGAGUUCAAAGGGGCCGAUGCUCUGUUAACCAACACAGUGGGCACCCCGGCUUUCAUGGCUCCGGAAACCCUCUCGGAAACCAGGAAAAUAUUUUCUGGAAAGGUAUAUUGGAACGCCCUGGGUUUGCGG